UGAAUAAGUACAAGCAACUAACAGAUCCAACAAGUAACCGUACAGAGGGUAGAGACAAAUCCGUAGAGACUUCGCAAAAUGUAGUUACUGAAUUGACAAGAAUUUACUAUAACUGUGCUGCUCAGUGCAGACACUGAAAUCCUCACGGUUUUUGUUUAAUUGGGAUGGAUCGUCUUAUUCGCAAGAUCAGGCCUCACCUCCUCGCUUGGCUUCACCGAUCUCGUUCUGGCCAAUUAUUGUUUGUCAGGCGCUUCUCAUACAAUGAUAUAAAGAGGGCAACUGAUAGUUUUCAUAGGAUACUGUAUAGUGAUUCUAAUGGAACCGCCUAUAAGGCCAAAUUCCGAGAUGGUGACGUUGCUCUGGUCAAGGAACUUAAAGAUCUCAAUGAAGGAAAAGAUGUUUUCUAUAAGCAAGUACAAUUUUUGGGGCGUUUGCAUCACCGUCAUCUUCUUGCACUUAAAGGCUUCUCCGCUGGUCCUAAGAGGUUGUUAGUGUUUGACAACAUAGAAAAUGGAAGCCUGAAGGAGCAUCUAAAUGAUCCUCUGAAGACCCCCUUGAAUUGGAAUACAAGGUUACAGAUAGCAAUUGGGGUGACAUCUGCACUGGAGUAUUUACUUCUCUUUAGCAACCCACCAGCGUAUCAUGUGUCCAUCAGCUCAAGUAAUAUCAUGCUAGAUGAGAACUUUACUGCAAAGCUCUCCAAUGUUGGCCUUCCUAGUUCCGUUGGAAGUUAUGUUACUGUGCCCCAUGCCUCAUGUGCAGAAGAUUCUAUGAAUCAAAAUUGUGGAAACAUAAUUUUCCAGCUUGGUGUGCUAAUCCUUGAGUUAAUAACUGGUCAAUCAUCAGAGAAAGGAAGCAGUGAUUUAAUCCAAUGGAUCCAAGGAUCUCAUUUUCGUAAUUCCAUUCAAAAGAUGAUAGACCCAGAUCUUGGAAACAAUUAUGACACUGGAGAGCUUAAACAUCUUCUAGCAGUAGCAAGAUUGUGUAUAAAAUCUGGAGAUAGCCAGAUAUUUUCUAUUCCUCGGAUAUUUCGGUAUCUGCAGAAAAAGGUAGAUAUUCCAUGAGAUUCCUGAGUUUCGUUGAUAUGAAAUUCUUUUUAUUGUUCAAAUACAGAUUAAUUUCCUUCAUGCAGUGCUAGUUCUGCAGUGCUGCAAUUCCUUUU